AUGGUCCAAAACUCCUCCCCCACCGGCAACGGCCUCAACCCAGGCGCCUGGGCCGGCGUCGGCAUCGGCGCCGCGGGUUGCAUUUUCGUCUUUUGUAUGUGGAUUUUCCGGUGGAGCAAACGCGACCGCGACAACAUCGUUCGGGGCGAGGAUGCGGUCGCCAAGGUGAAGCGGGCGUUUAAGAUCGAUGGGAAGGGCGGUUCGUCCAAGGUACGGAAGGGGACGGUGGAUCAUGUCGGCAAGCCGAAGCUGGAGUUGAGGAAGGCUGGGGAUCACUGGCAUUGGAGUGCGUUGGAUGAGGAGAGGGGCAUGGGGACGGUGAAGGUGCCGAGUCCGGUUGCGAAGGAAGGGACAACACGCCGCUACGUCGAACCCGCUGGUCCCGGAUUGGUGAUGGUCUCGCUGGUCAUGGGCAUGUCUACACCCCACUGUCGACUCGCACGAACAGCACGACAGCAGGAUUCUAGAGUGUAUGUUUGCAGUCGACGGAUGGAAGACCUCCCCCAUACAACCGCGCAACGACGACAGGCCAUGAAACCUAGCUCAUUCCCACCUCUUCCGCGAAAACGAUUCGCAAGACUCGUCGCAGAAGUCGGAUCUGAAGCCCUCUCGUCCGGGGUCGAGACAAAUCGUCUUCUCAGAGCUGAGUUCAGCAGCGACAUGAAUGCAUGUAAACAUCUUGCCAACCUCUCACGCACACCAAGUCCUAUCCAAGCAUUCCAUCGUUCAACGCAGCACUAUCGCACACUCCAACAGCUGCUAGAUGCUGAAGUGAAGCCAGGGAAGCCAUUUCCCCAUAUGGUGGCACAAACCAGCUGCAUAAACGACCCUCGGGCAAAGCAGCCAGCCGUCGGCCAACAAGCACCACAACCCGAGGGAGCCAUCGUCUUCGCUGCCCUUCUCUCAAUCAGGACUUUCCUUUCGAGACGUCUGCCCUCGACGAGGAGACGAGGUACUCGGUCGAAGCCGAGACGUAGUUGCCCACAGUCAUUCGACGAUGGGUUGUCGGCGUUGACAAAGCCUUGCAUCAGGGUCGAUAGUAUCGUCAGCGAGUUUGGACUCCCCAAAGCUACAAAGUAG